GCGGUAGAUUUGAAGCGCUUCCAAGCCCGGACCCUGGGAAGAAGCGGGGGCCGGGCAGGCCCGGGGAGCAGGAAGGAGACAAUUGGAUCUGUUUGCCUAGAUUUUUUUUCUCUAUUGAAAGACUGGAAAUUCUGGAGUCAUGGGAAUAAAGGUGCAGCGUCCUCGCUGUUUUUUUUUUUUUUUUGACAUCGCCAUUAAUAAUCAACCAGCUGGAAGAGUUGUCUUUGAAUUAUUUUCUGAUGUGUGUCCCAAAACAUGCGAGAACUUUCGUUGUCUUUGUACAGGUGAAAAAGGGACAGGAAAAUCAACUCAGAAGCCAUUACAUUAUAAAAGUUGUCUCUUUCACAGAGUUGUUAAGGAUUUUAUGGUUCAAGGUGGUGACUUCAGUGAAGGAAAUGGACGAGGAGGGGAAUCUAUUUACGGAGGCUUUUUUGAAGAGAUGCUAACUUUGUUUUUCUCUGACUUUGUUUUUAUUCUUCUAUCUGAUGAUUUUGAAAGAACAACGAAACCAACUCCUCAUUUAGAUGGGCAUCAUGUUGUUUUUGGACAAGUGAUUUCUGGUCAAGAAGGUAUUGAAAACCAGAAAACAGAUGCAGCUAGCAAACCAUUUGCUGAAGUGCGGAUACUCAGUUGUGGAGAGCUAAUUCCCAAAUCUAAAGCAAAGAAAGAGGAAAAGAAAAGGCACAAGUCCUCCUCUUCAUCCUCAUCAUCAUCCAGUGACUCAGAUAGUUCAAGCGAUUCUCAGUCUUCAGAUUCGUCUGAUUCUGAGAGUGCUUCCGAAGAAAAAUCAAAAAAGAGGAAAAAGAAACACAGGAAAAAUUCCCGAAAACACAAGAAAGAAAAGAAGAAGCGAAAGAAAAGCAAGAAAAGUGCAUCUAGUGAAAGUGAGGCUGAAAAUCUUGAAGCACAGCCCCAGUCUACUCUUCGUCCAGAAGAGAUUCCCCCUAUACCUGAAAAUAGAUUCCUAAUGAGAAAAAGUCCUAAAGCUGAUGAAAAAGAAAGAAAAAACAGAGAGAGAGAGAGAGAGAGAGAGUGUAAUCCACCUAACUCCCUGCCUGCUUUAUACCAGAGGCGACUUUUAGUUACAAGGUCUGGCAGGAAAAUUAAAGGAAGAGGACCAAGGCGUUAUCGAACUCCUUCCAGAUCCAGGUCAAGGGAUCCUUUCAGACGUAGUGAAACUCCUCCACAUUGGAGGCAAGAAAUGCAAAGAGCUCAAAGGAUGAGGGUAUCAAGUGGUGAAAGAUGGAUCAAAGGGGAUAAGAGUGAGUUAAAUGAAAUAAAAGAAAAUCAAAGAAGCCCAAUUCGGGUUAAAGACAAAAAAAUAACUGAUCACAGGCAUGUGUCUGAGAGUCCAAACCGAAAAAGUGAAAAGGAAAAGAAAGUCAAAGACCAUAAGUCUGAUAGCAAAGAGAGAGACAUCAGAAGAAAUUCAGAAAAAGAUGAUAAAUAUAAAAACAAGGUGAAAAAAAGAGCCAAAUCUAAGAGUAGAAGUAAGAGCAAAGAGAAAUCAAAGAGUAAUGAAAAAGAUACAAAGCAUAAUAGACAUGAAGAAAAGAGGAUGAGGUCAAGGAGUAAGGAAAGGGAUCAUGAGAACAUUAAAGAAAAAGAAAAAUCUGAUUCUAAAGGAAAAGAACAGGAGAGGAGUAGAAGUAAAGAGAACUCUAAACAGUUAGAAUCAAAGGGUAACGAGCAUGAUCAUAACAAAAGUAAAGAAAAGGAUAGACGUGCCCAGUCUAGGAGUAGAGAACGUGAUACAACUAAAAGCAAACACAGUUAUAAUAGUAGAACAAGGGAACGAAGCCGAAGUAGGGACAGGAGCAGAAGAGUGCGAUCUUGAAGCCAUGACCGAGAUCGCAGCAGGAGCAAGGAGUACCAAGGGUACCAUAGAUACAGAGAGCAGGAGUACAGGCGAAGAGGAAGGUCUAGGAGCCGGGAAAGGAGAGCAACAACAGGAAGAUCUAGAAGUAAAGAUAGGAGGAGGAGGAGGAGAGAUUCGCGAAGUUCAGAGAGAGAAGAGAGUCAAAGCAGAAAUAAAGAAAGAUACAGAAACCAAGAAAGUAAGAGUUCACACAGAAGAGAAAAUUCUGAUGGUGAGAAAAGAACAUACUCAAAAAGUCGUGAUCAUAAUAGCUCAAAUAAUAACAGGGGGCAAAAGGCUGAUAGAGAUCAAAGUCCAUUCUCAAAAGUCAAACAAAGUCAGGACAAUGAAUUAAAGAGCUCCACAUUGAAAAAUGAGGAUGAGAAGACCAGAUCCUCAGUGGAAAAAGAAAACCAAAAAUCAAAGAGUCAAGAAAAUGAACAAGUACAUGAUAAAAAUAAAAAAUUUGAUCAUGAAUCAAGCCCUGGAACAGAUGAAGACAAAAGUGGAUGAGUGAGUUGUGUAAACUUAUUUCAUUCUGUCUCAAAUGUUAAGUUUUAGAGACUUGCUAAUGUAUCUCCUUUAUGUUGUUUUCCUUUCAUUGUUUUUGGGUUGUUUUGUGUUUGUCUUUUUUUUUUUAAUGUGGACUUUAUUGAGUUGAUCUUUUGAUAAUCUGCAACCUGGAUAAUUUGUACUGCUAAAGUUUUAAUAAACUUGAAAUGAGAAAAAAAAA